AUGUUGUCUAAGAGGUUUGAACGGAUAGGAGACCUUGGAGACCUCCAAAAAGCCAUUAAUCACGCCCAGGAAGCAUUAACUGCUACCCCUCAUGAUCACCCGGAUCGAGCGAGUAGGCACAGUAACCUGGGAUACCGGUUGUCUUCAAGGUUUGAGCGCACUGGAGACCUUGGAGACAUCCAGGGAGCAGUCGAGCAUGCCGAAAGGGCAUUAGCCGCUACCCCACAAGAUCAUCCAGUAAAUGUGUUCAAGAGCCACCACAACCUGGCAUUAUGGUUGGCAAAGAGGUUUUCCCGGAUAGGAGACUUCGGAGACCUCCAAAAGGCGUUAAAGCAUAGCGAAGAAGCAUUAGCUGCUAUCCCCCGAGACCACCCCAGUCAAGCGUCUAUCCAUACCGCCUUGGGAGACUCGUUGUCUCAAAGGUAUGAGCGCAUUGGAGACUUUGGAGACCUCCAAAAAGCCAUUGAGCAGACCGAAAAGGCAUUAGCUGCUACCCCUCAAAAUCACCCAACUCGACCUAGUAGACAUAUUCAGUUAGCUUACUUGUUGUCUAAGAGGUAUGAGAGGAUAGGAGACCUUGGAGACCUCCAAAAAGCCAUUAACUACGGCGGAUAUGCAGUAACUGCUACCCCGCAGGACCACCCCCAUCGAGCGAUCUGGCAGAAUAACCUAGCGGUCUGGUUGUUUGCGAGGUAUAAACUGAUUGGUGUCCUUGGAGACUUUCAAAAUGCCAUUCAGCACAGCGAGGAGGCACUAGCUGCUACCCCUCCAGAUAAUCCGUCCCGAGCCGGCGUCUGCACUAUCCUCGGUGGACUUUUAGAAUCAAAAUUCUCAAGGCUACAGUGCGAGAAUGACUCAAACAGAAGCCUCCGCCUAUACAUUGAGGCUCACGAUUGCCGGGCUUCGCCACCCAUAGUGCGGAUUCGGGCUGCCCGCAAAGCAGCUUCUUUACUAUAUUCAGCUGAAAAAUUUCUUGAAUCAAUUUCCAUACUCGAGGAUGCAGUUAACUUGAUGCCAAAUGUUGAUCUUCGAUUCCUAAACCGAGAUGACCAGCAGCACAGACUAUCGGAACUUUCCGGGCUAGCGUCAAUUGCUGCUUCUGUGGCUCUCCAGGCUGGGAGAGGAGCCUACCACAGUCUCAAGUUACUAGAGCUUGGUCGUGGGAUAAUCAUGGGCUUUUUAAUUGACUCACGAUCCGACGUUUCGGAUCUCAAAACAGACCACCCGGUGCUAUUCGGGCAAUUCCAAAGCCUUCGACUUGAGAUCGAUUCGCCGAUAGAUGAGAUAAACUGUGUCACUGAUCAAGCGCCCCAUGAAAUCCAAAACCGUGCUAUCUCCAGACGCUGGGAGGCUGCGUAUGAGCUGGUGGAGGUUCUGGAGCACAUCCGGAGUUUGCCUGGGUAUGAGGAGUUCCUGCUCCCGCCUUCCCAGGGGGCUAUGAUGAAAAUGGCAGCGAAUGGCCCCAUCGUUGUCUUCAACAGCACAGCUUAUAGGAGCGAUGUUGUAAUCGUCACUGCCUCAUCUAUAACUUCUUUGGAACUUCCGAAAUUGAGCUACAACGAAACAGUCAACCGCAUGAAGGAAUUGACAAGUUUUGGAGGAGGAUCCCCGUUUAAGCGAGGCCAGGAUACCAAAAGAAUGAAAGGCCUCCUCGCUUGGUUGUGGGAUGCAGCAGUAGAGCCCGUUUUUGAAUACCUUGAAUUCCAGGAUAUCCUUAUCAGUGGGGGUUCUCAUGACACCAAUUUGAAGCGGAUUUGGUGGAUUGGGGUAGGGCAAUUAAGUGUAGCACCGUUCCAUGCUGCAGGGUACCAUUCGCUAGGGUCCACCCGUAACACCUUAAGCCGAGCCAUCUCAUCAUACAUUCCUACGAUCAAAGCCCUCGCCUAUGCACGCCAAAACCAACUUCAGUUAUUUGACGAAUGUGACGCUUCUUUUUCUCCCGAACACUCCAAGAAGGCCAAAAUUCUCAAAAAACGGAAUCCACGCUUGCUUCUCGUUCCCAUGCCCAAAACGCCCCGCGCGAUUGACCUGCCGGGUGUUCGUGAAGAAAUUCAACAUAUACUUGAUUCAACGGACAGAAAUUUGAUUGAAGCCACAGUUAUGGUGGAUCCAACCCCGGCCGAAGUCCUCGGUAAAAUCAAACAUCAUGACAUUGCCCAUUUUGCCUGUCACGGAGUGUCUUGCAUCAACCCUUCAGACAGCCACCUAAUUCUGUUUAGCCAAGAUGGAGUUCAUGCUGAUAAACUCCUAGCUCGAGAUAUAUCGGCUAUGGUUGUGCAAAAUGCGCAGAUCGCAUACCUUUCGGCUUGCUCCUCCGCAAAAAACCCCUCCCCCGAGUUAGCCGACGAGGUCAUACACCUAGCAAGUGCAUUUCAACUAGCCGGGUUCAGUCAUACAUUCGCAAACAUGUGGGAAACCGACGACAACGCGGCCUGUGAAGUUGCGAGAGACUUUUACGACUUCCUUUUGCGAAAUCGUGGAAACGGGGAAGACGGCCACCGGCGCGUUUCUACCGCUUUUUACAAAGCCGUGAAGAAAGUUCGAGAUGCCAAGCCCGGCAACCCUCUCCUUUGGGCCCCCUUCAUACACACAGGUGCC